UACCAAGUGGUGGGAGGGACUCUGGGGAGAGUGAGAGCAAGAGGAGGCUGAGGUUUAAUCAUUGAACCAACCCAACUGAGUGGACUGUGUGCAGGACUGGCUGCCCCGGAGGAGGACUUUUGCAUCUCUGCUGGGAAAUGACACUGUAGAAGGAGUUCUGUUUAGUUCUCAGCACAUGAACACCAUCGGUCUGGAAUUAAGUCGCAACAGCUCUCUCAACUGAGAAAAUGUUUGCUGUACACUUAGUGGCAUUUUAUUUUUCAAAGCUGAAAGAGGAUCAGAUCAAAAAGGUUGAUCGGUACCUCUACCAUAUGCGUCUCUCUGAUGACGUCCUCCUUGAUGUGAUGACUCGCUUCCAGACAGAGAUGGUGAAAGGCCUGGGAAGAGACACGAACCCAACAGCGACAAUAAAAAUGCUGCCAACAUUUGUGCGUUCAAUUCCUGAUGGCUCAGAAAAGGGUGACUUUCUUGCAUUGGACCUUGGGGGUUCCAAAUUUAGAGUCUUGAAGGUCAAAGUGUCUGAAAAUGGGAAGCAAAAUGUUCACAUGGAAAGUCAAUUCUAUCCAACACCUAAAGAAAUCAUACAUGGAAAUGGAACAGAUCUGUUUGAAUAUGUAGCUGAUUGUCUCGCAGACUUUAUGGACACCAAGGACAUAAAGCAUAAGAAAUUGCCUCUUGGUUUUACUUUUUCUUUUCCAUGUAAACAGAAUAAAUUAGAGGAGGGUGUGCUGCUUAAUUGGACAAAACAUUUUAAAGUCAGAGGAGUACAGCAGACCGAUGUGGUGAGCUCUCUCCGGAAAGCCCUCAGGAAGCAUCAGGACAUUGAUGUAGAUGUCUUGGCUUUGGUGAAUGACACAGUGGGGACAAUGAUGACCUGUGGAUACGAUGAUCAGCGAUGCGAAGUUGGUGUAAUUAUUGGGACAGGCACAAAUGCUUGCUACAUGGAAGAAAUGAGCAACAUAGACUUAGUGGAAGGUGAUGAAGGAAGGAUGUGCAUUAAUACUGAAUGGGGAGCCUUUGGAGAUGAUGCAUCACUGGAUGAUAUCAGGACAGAGUUUGACAAGGAGAUUGACUUGGGGUCUAUUAAUCCUGGAAAACAAUUAUUUGAGAAGAUGGUUAGUGGCUUGUAUUUAGGAGAACUUGUAAGACUUAUUCUUCUGAAAAUGGCAAGAGAAGGCUUACUUUUUAAUGGGAAGUUAUCAACAGCUCUCUGUACCAAGGGCAAGGUUGAAACAAAACAUGUAGCUGCUAUGGAAAAAUAUAAAGAAGGCCUGAGCAAUACUAAAGAGAUUUUGAUAGAACUGGGUCUGAGCCCAUCCGAAGACGACUGCAUUGCCGUUCAACAUGUCUGCACUAUUGUUUCAUUCCGCUCAGCAAACCUCUGUGCUGCGGCCUUAGCAGCAAUACUGACACGCCUUCGUGAAAAUAAAAAACUGACAAGGCUCCGAACAACUGUUGGCAUGGACGGAACACUCUACAAGACACACCCUCAGUAUGCUAAGCGUCUCCAUAAAGUUGUUAGGAAGCUAGUCCCAAACUGCGAUGUUCGAUUUCUGCUCUCUGAGAGUGGCAGCGGGAAGGGGGCUGCGAUGGUAACUGCAGUUGCGUACAGACUGCUAUCUCAGCGCAAACAGAUAGACGAGGCCUUGGCAUAUUUCACAUUAACCGAAGAGAACCUCAUAGGUGUGAAAACCAAAAUGAGGGCAGAGUUGGAGUAUGGCCUGAAGAAGGAAGCCCAGCCUACAGCCACUGUGAAAAUGCUGCCGACGUUUGUUUGUGGAACUCCAGAUGGAACAGAGAAGGGGAAAUUCCUUGCCCUUGAUCUCGGUGGAACAAAUUUUAGGGUUUUGCUUGUAAAAAUCAGAAGUGGAAGAAGCAAAUCAGUCCGAAUGUACAAUAAAAUAUUUGCCAUUCCUUUAGAAAUUAUGCAAGGAACAGGAGAAGAGCUGUUUGAUCACAUAGUCCAGUGCAUUGCAGACUUUUUGGAGUACAUGGGCAUUAAGGGUGCACGGCUCCCUCUUGGUUUUACAUUUUCUUUCCCCUGCAGGCAAGCAAGUAUUGAUAAGGGAGCUCUUGUUGGAUGGACAAAAGGUUUCAAGGCAACAGACUGUGAAGGAGAGGAUGUUGUGGAUAUGUUAAGAGAAGCUAUUAAACGAAGGAAUGAAUUUGAUUUGGAUAUUGUAGCAGUGGUUAAUGACACUGUUGGGACAAUGAUGACUUGUGGUUAUGAAGACCCUAAUUGUGAAAUUGGCCUUAUUGCAGGGACAGGCAGUAAUGUGUGUUACAUGGAAGAUAUGAAGAAUAUUGAAAUUGUAGAUGGAGGUGAAGGCAGAAUGUGUAUCAAUACAGAAUGGGGAGGAUUUGGUGACAAUGGUUGCAUAGAUGAUCUCAGGACAAAAUAUGAUAAAGAAGUGGAUGAAGGGUCAUUAAAUCCUGGGAAACAAAGGUAUGAAAAAAUGACCAGUGGAAUGUAUUUGGGUGAAAUAGUGAGGCAGAUCUUGAUAGACUUGACCAAGCAAGGACUUCUCUUCAGAGGUCAGAUUUCAGAAUCCCUAAGGACCAGAGGAAUAUUUGAAACCAAAUUCCUGUCUCAGAUUGAAAGUGACCGGCUUGCCCUGCUCCAGGUGAGAAGGAUCCUGCAACAGCUUGGGUUGGACAGCACUUGUGAUGACAGUAUUGUUGUGAAGCAGGUGUGUGGCUGUGUUUCUAAGAGAGCAGCCCAACUCUGUGGUGCCGGACUGGCUGCUGUAGUCGAGAAGAUACGUGACAACAGGCAUCUCGAGCACCUCAAAACCACGGUCGGAGUGGAUGGCACCUUAUACAAACUACAUCCACAUUUUUCUAGGAUCUUACAAGAAACGGUAAAAGAGCUGGCACCUCAUUGCGAUGUAACGUUCAUGCUGUCCGAAGAUGGGAGUGGAAAGGGAGCUGCCUUAAUUACUGCUGUUGCAAAACGAAUGCAUAAUGUUGCUGAGAAUUAAGUAAUCAUACAGCUGCACAUGUGUGCAUUAAACAUUUGUUGCAAAAGGAUUUGUAAAAACCAGUUGAGGUAGAUGUUCACAAGUGGUACUCACUCCUGUAGCCUGCUGAUGGCUAGCUGUGUAAGGAGAAGUUUGUCUUUCCAAAAUUGAUGUAUUUGCCCAGGCUGAAUGUCAGUUACCCUAAGUUGCCUGAAGUUUUGAGAAACGACGAUAUACUUGAGAUUUUUGUCCUGUGUCUCAUAAUAUUCAUAAUUCAGAAUAGUCAUGUCUCAUUAGAUAGCUAUAUUGUCAAGAAAUCAGUUUCUUUUAAGUGUAUUUAUAUGAUCUGCUGCCCCAUUUCAUUUUUCUACUCAGAACCAUUCUCAUUCUUCUUUAAGUGGCCUUUGUAUUGUGUUAGUCACCAAUAAGUUGGAAAGAAGAAAAAGGUGUGAUGUCCUGUGUAGCCCCUUAGCUGGCAUUCUUGUUCUCCAUUGUAUUUGUUUUUAAAAGAAAACAAAAAAGCUGAUGUGCAGAAUAAAAUGCAUUAAUAUUCUUUUCCAACAAAA